CCUGAAGAUGUGCAAAAACAAUAUGCCCUUUUUUAAGCCAGAAUCUGAGUUUUUGCCAUCCAGAGUAAGCUAAGAGAACCCACUUUUUGUUCCCUACUUUUUACCCAAAAGCAAUAGCGUUUUAAUAUUUUAAUCGAAGAAUGAAAGGCUCGUAGCAAAAUAUAAAGCAUUUCUUGACAAUAAUACACAUUUGGCCAAACCUAUUUUUCAAAAAAAAAAAAAAAAGUAAGUCUCUGAAUGGCUUCGUUGCGGCAAAAGAAGAAGCAAAAUCCUGCGAAGAGGGCAUGGAAAAACUUUACAAACAUGGUCAAGUCGAAGUUCAGAGACAUGGAGAUCGCUUCAUCGGUCAGAGAAUCAACGGCUCGUGUCUUCCGGUUCAUUUCUCGCCGUCUCAUCGUUCCUUUUAGAACAAGGUACCUUCAAAACAAUAGCUACACGGACAAAUACUACUAUAGCCGGAACCAAAGUUCUCGACAGUUUCUCAACUUCAUUUCUCGAUCUCUCACCAAACCAAAGCGUCGUCAGUAUGGAUACGAUGAUGAAUACUCUCAAAUCUAUCAAUACCAAAGCCAAUCACGCGGUGAGGGGACAAGUGGGAGCAAAGAGAAUGUUGUGAGACGAAUAGAAGAGCAAAAAGAAGAAGAAGAAGAAGAAGAAGAAGGGAUGCCGGAGAUUGCUGAUUCGAUGGAAGAUGCUUGGAGGAGAGUGGUGGCUGCAUCGCCUCAUCUGCAGGUUAACGAGAGAGCCGACGAGUUCAUCUACAAGUUUAGAGAAAGUAUGAAGAUGGAGAAAGAGAGGUCGUUUCUUGAAUUCCAAGAAAGGCUAAAACGAAGUGCUUGAUUGAUCGAUCACUCAUGAGUGUGUUCCAUGUUCUUCUUCUGAUUUCUCUUGGUUGAAUUUUUUAAAGAACUUGGUUUUCUCAUUCUUUCUUCUUUGUUACAAAAUUCGAGAAUUUUCAGAAGUGUUAACAAACUUUUUUUCUACAUUAUAUUUUUCUUAUGUAAUGUGAAUACAUAUGGCUCACCACUCUAAAAAAUUGUAUGCAUGGGAUAGAAAUCAUUCUUGUUUUUUUUGUGAAUGUAUAAACAUUCUUCUUCAUAGAUAAUUUCACUUCUUUUUUUUUGUCAAAGAUAAUUUCACUUCAAUGUAAGAAAAAAAUCAUUUUAUUUGCAAUUAAAAAAAAAAGGUAUAUUAG